AUGAGAACUUUAGUUGUACUCUCCUUGGUUUGUUUGUUGGUAUACUGUGUGUCGGGGCAGGGCAACAAAAGACGCUGGGGUAGGAGACGAGGACAGAAUAAAGAGAACAAGGACUGGUCGGAUGUGACCAAGGCCUCUUGGAACACGUCCCUGGCUGAUGGCAGUGUUGUGAACGAGCGAGGCUUCGUCUCCAACAACAACAAAGUGGGCUUUCUGAUGUCCAAGGACCGCUCCCUUACUGCCGCCGGAUACGACCAGAGCUUCUCCAUGAUCGACUUUGGAGCGGACAAACAAGCAAUCCGUGUAGAGGUCAGCGAGCCAGGAAUCACGAGCGAAACCCUGGAGAAAAAUAAACGGAACAGGGCAUUCUGGGCCAAUAAGAAACAUUUGUGUUUCAUACUGGACGCACCAACCAGUCUCUUUGAUUUCUCUCAGGAACUUGAGCUCCGAUCUUCCAUUUCUUGGGCAGGACCAAUACCGACUGGCAAUCUGAAAACCUUUGUGGCCAGGCAGUCCAACAAAGUGACGGACCUGGGUUCAAAUGGUAUUAUCGACCGAUUCUGUCGUACAGCCAUGGCCCGUGGAAUGGCCUUUUCUUUAGUUGCAGACUCGUCUGUGACAGAGGAGAUGGACAAGUACGUAGUGAUGGGACAAGUGGACCCUCUCCAGCCCCUGACUUCCGUUCCUUAUGAAAUCAAACUGGAAUCAGGAAUACUUGCUUAAUAUCCAAAAACUCAUCGCAGGUUCUCGGAAAUCCUUGUACAUUUAUACUACAAAUAAUAAUGCUUUGUUUGAUAUAUGAAACAUGUAACUAUUAUUGACUCGCUCAUUAUUUAAUAUAUCUUGUACAGAAAAUAACUGAAAUGAAUGUUACAAUGGGUU